AUGAGCGAGGGCACCCUCGCCACCAAGUUCCAGUGCACCCACUACCGCAUGACUUCCAACACGAGCGACGUCAGCUUUGGCUGCGUCAAGGUCCUUGACUUUGACGCCGCCACCAUCAAGGGCGGUCUCCUCGGCAAGGGCCACUCCGAGUCGGCGGCUGCCAAGAUGACUGACCUCUUUGAGGAGAUCCUCCUGUGGCAGCAGUAUCAGGCGAUGAUGGACGACACCGACUACUACAACAUGCUUUGA